CCGCGUGCGCUCUCGUCCUCGGCCAAGGCUCUCAGGCCAGUCCUCGUCGCUGUGGAUAUAGUGUCGUUCUCGGCGGUGGUGGUGCUUGUGUCGCUUCGGGAGUGGCGAGUCCCCGGGGCAGCGGCGGCUCCUAGGAAUUCCUGUUGCAUUGUCUUAUUUCAUUUAUUCUCGUGAGAAGGAGAGGUUGAUUGGAAAAAAAUAAUAAUACAAAAAAAUCGUUUGUUGUGCAAGCUCCUUGGUGUAAAUUUGUAAAGCAUUUGGUGUCACAGACAGCUCCGAGGGGGGAUCGAUAAGAGAAAUUCGAAGACGAGAAGCGAUAAGCGAUAAAGAGAGAGAAUAGAGAGAGAGGAAUGAAAGAGGCCCCCGCAGUUCGCGCUUGAAACAGCUGCGCAUUUUAGCUUAAAGGUGUUUGGAUAGAAAGGAAACCUCUUCUCCGUGGCGCUCCCGAGAUGCCAUAGCGCCGGAAGAACAGAACAGAACGGAAAGCGAAAAGGAAAAGAAAAAAACUGAAAAAAAGGUGGAUCUACCAUGAACGCCGCAGCUUUGGACAACUCAAGUCUUCAGUGAAAGGAUAAGGUCCCGGAGCACCGUCAUGGAGGACGGGGUCAGCGUGAGCUCGGCCUCGGGGUCGGCCGGCGCCGGGUCGUCCUCGGCCUCCAGCGUGGGCGACGAGGUAGUGCUCAGGAUCAACGUACCGGAGCUCAAGGUCGAGAAGUGCCUGCAGUUCCACAAGGACGACCUCGUGUGGGACGUCAAGCAGCAGGCUCUGGCGGCGCUUCCUAAGGAACUACGCGAAAGCUUCAACUAUGGCCUCUUCUGCCCGCCUCAGAACGGACGGGCGGGCAAAUUCUUGGAUGAGGAACGCCCGCUGGGGGACUACCCGCUCACCGCGCCCAUCGGAUACUUGGAGCUCAAGUACAAGCGCCGCGUGUACAAGAUGCUGCACCUGGAGGAGAAGGCCUUGCGGGCGCUGCACACGAGGGCUAACCUGCGCCGGUUCCUGGACUACGUGAAGGAGAACAACGUGGAGAAGGUGACCAAGCUGUGCGCCAAGGGACUCGACCCCAACUUCCACUGCCAGGACACGGGAGAAACGCCGUUGUCCCUGGCAGCGAGAAUCAAGAAGCCAGCCAAGAUGGUCAUGAGCAUCGUGAACGGCGGGGCGCUCCUCGACUACCGCACCAAGGACGGGGUGACGGCGAUGCACAGGGCGGUCCAGGCGAACAACUUCGAGGCUGUCAAGACGCUGCUGGACUUGGGUGCAUCUCCCAAUUACCGUGACUCGCGUGGCCUGACCCCUCUCUACUACUCUGUAACACACAACACGGAUCCGCUGCUGUGCGAGGCUCUGCUGCACGACUACGCUGUGAUAGGAGCCUGUGACAACCAAGGGUGGCAGGAGACCCACCAGGCUUGUCGCAACAAGUUGGUACAACACCUUGAACACCUGCUCUUCUAUGGUGCUGAUAUGAAUGCUCAGAAUGCUUCUGGUAACACGCCUCUUCAUGUGUGCGCUGUCAAUAAUCUGGAGGAUUGUGCGCGAGUCCUGCUCUUUCGAGGCUGUGACAAAAAUGCCCUCAAUUAUGCCAAUCAAACACCAUACCAGGUUGCAGUCAUUGCAGGCAAUAUGGAACUUGGUGAUGUGAUAAAGAACCAUAGCAUAGAGGAUGUUGUUCCAUUCAAGGAGCCACCAAAAUACAACCCCAACCGUCGCAUCUCUGGAGCCCCUCUUUCCCGCACGCACUCUGACCCAAGAUUAGAAGUAUGCGCUGUGACAAAGCCCCCCUCGCCGUCCCCCUCCAGUAGAUCCAUCCCACCCUUCAGUUCUGCCUCCUCUCUUAGUGAGACGUCAACGGGCAGUAGUUCUACAUGUACGCAUCCAAGUGAGAUGGAUUCUGAAGAGUGUGCCAGUGCUUUAGGAUCUGCCAGCCUCAAUGCUGGUAAGUGGGCAGGCAUGGAUUGCUGUGAUAUGGUGAGUGACAGCUCUGGUGUCUGCACAUCCAACAGUGGGAGUGCAGAAAGUUAUGAUGCAACACCUACUGACAUCACUCACUUUGACGUAGGCAUGCUGGUGGUAUGUUUACAUCAGUAUACCCCACACAAACAGGGACACCUGGACAUCAAUGCAGGCGAUAUUUUGGAAGUAACUGGUAGCACCGAUGACGGCAUGUUGGAGGGUGUCAUCCGAGGGGUCACAGGAGUCUUCCCCCCUCAAUGCGUGCAGGAAGUGCGCCUGCGAAACCCACAGGCUGUAAGGGAGUCCUUGAUUGCCCCACAAGUAGCGAGAGUUCAAGGAAGACGUGAAAUGUUGGUCCACCAGCACUAUGGGACAGCACCGAGACUCAGGAAGCCAGUGGUCAAUCAAGCCAGUGAGCCACGCACUGUUGUUUUGCAUAGAGGUAAAAAGGGCUUUGGUUUUGUGUUACGAGGAGCAAAAGCAACUUCACCUCUUAUGGAGCGGCCCAAUGAACGAGGUCCAGCACUCCAGUACUUGGAUGAUGUGGAUCCUGGGGGGGUAGCAGACUUAGCAGGCCUAAAAAAGGGUGACUAUUUACUCAGGAUUAAUGGAGAAGACGUAUCCCAAGCAUCCCACGAGCACGUCGUCAAUCUCAUCCGGAAAUCUGGAGACUUGGUCCAGAUGAUGGUUGUGACUCCCGCGCCCGUCACCUUCACUCCUCACAAACCGCCAAUAGGCAACCUGGGAACUAUCAGACGUGGGUGCCAGACACUCCCUCGAAAGCUCCCUGCAGUGCGGUCGUCCCAAGCCCCCCCUGCACCCCCCCCAAGAGACCCCAGAACCACCUUAAGUGUUGGGCGGGCGCGAGCCAAGUCUAUGGUGGCUGGACUCCAGGACAUUGAAGCACUGGAUGCCAGCAUGAGGGAGAACGGAGACCUGAUGUCCCGUUCCGCCGGACAGUUCCCUGGCGGGGGUCCGUAUGGCAGUAGUCACUAUGGUGUCAGUCACUACACCAGUGGGAGCCAGUAUGGGACGCCCCAGGGAACGCCCACCAUAGGCACGCCAGUGGGUACCCCACCAGGCCUCAAGGUAGCAUCCAUCAAAGCCCGACCCUCCUCCAAACGCAUGACUGCUGCCGAGAUGGAGGACAUGAUGACCCAGUCUGGCUCUCUUCCCUCCUCUCCUCCAUCAACUCCUACUGGGCGUCCUCCUCGUGUGUAUGCCAGUGUGGCUGAGAUGAAGAAGGCAAAGGCCCUGAAGGCUCGGCAGCCAUUGGACCUUACCAGACUGCACAAGGGUUUCCAUUCUACCCCAGACUUGAAAGCCGAGGUCACGGGUACCCUUCCAGCUUUUACCAUCGAGGAGAAGCGCAAGUCUGUUUCACAGGAAGACCUCUUCGUGACAGCAUUAAACGAACGCAAUUCACGACACUCCCUUGUGUGUCCGCCACCCCACUCGAGCACUCUGGAGAGGAUCACGGUGGGGUCUCCCGAGUCUAAAGAAUCAUGGCAGAGUGGUGAGGAAGGGACAGAGGAAGAGAGCAGUGAUUCUCCCAACAUUUCUCCUGGCCCAUUGGAAUAUCGUAUGUUAAGGCGAUCACAGUCUGCUGUCAAUACUACUAUGCUGCGUAAAGCAGGCCUACAUCCACCGCCAACACACCCACCACCUCCCCCACCACUAGGACAGCUUGUGAAAGUGGAUAUUAGUAGAUCCAAAAGUGAUUAUGCAACCGUUGGUGUUGCUCCUUCAACUCCAGAGGCUAUGCCAGUGUCACCAGGAGUUCAGUCCAGCUUUAGACCGACUGAUUGUGCUAAGCUUUAUGCAUCACCAGAAGAGAUAAAGACAGUCGGUUAUCGCAGUCCUGAAAUGAUGGCGACAUUAAAUCGUAAAAAUGCCAGUGUUAAAAGUCGUUCUCAGAGCUUACCCCCAAGCACCAAUAGACCUAGUGUGCAGAGGGGUUCCCCAGACAAGGACACAUCUCUUGAUUCUGGAAUAUACCUUACAACAUAUUCCACCUUCAGAGGAACAGAAGGGGAAACGUCAAGAAGUCGUGAAGUUGUAUCACCCAGUAGUGCUGGGAAGGCGCCAGUUAGUGAUACUGUUACAUAUGCAAGACCCAAGAAUAAUAAGAGUAUACAUGAUCGUGCAGAGUCUAGUUCUCCAAGUAAAGCCUACACAGGACCAGGUUCUGUAGCUUCUCCAGCACCUGACAUCCCUGAACCAGAUUAUAGUUCAGAUGAAGAUCAUACAUACAACUCUCAAGAUGAGUCUCAGUCAAAGAAGACCAGAACCCUGAAGAAGAAAAAGCCCACAGUGGCAUUUUCUCCUAAUCUUGUGACUUCCACAUCAGAGUCAUCUGACGUACCUCAUUAUGCUGCACCAGCCAAACACCCAACGCCUUUAGCAGGCAAUUUCAAGGACUUGAUAGCUCAGAAAGCAGCUGAAAGGCAGGCUAGACAAGAUGAUGGACCUGAACAAACAAGGUCAGCUACUUCAAGUCCAAGUAAGAGAGCCAAUGGAAGUAAUGGCAAUGGUAAUGGCAAUGGCAAGGCCAUAUCAGAUGCUAUCCAGGAAUCUGCCCUCUUUAACAGACAAAAGGAGAAAACUGUACCGACAGGAACCAAAGCCAGACCUGUUCCUGUUGUGCAGAGGGAAGAUUCAAAGUCUACUUUAAAGAUGAAGAAUUCCCGUUCUUGUCCCCAUGAUUUUAAUCUUGAAGAUGGGGAUAAUUCUUCUAGUGGAGUUAGCUCUGAUCAGGAUGUUCAUCAAGAGUCAAAUUACGUAACAGUCAUCAACACAGAGUCUGACACCAUAUCUGCUAAUAAAACAGAUAGGUUUGUGAGACAUGGGACCAGAGAUGACAGUUCUGAGGCAUCUGAAAGCUCUGAUGAGGCUAGUGAUCGUACUUGGAUAUUAACAAAUGAAAAAGGAAGUGAUUCAGGAAAAGACAGUGAUAGUAAUGGUGCUCGAAGAUCAGGAACUCUGACAAGAAAUGCCGUGUCAUUAGUGAAGCUUCCUCCUCCACAAGAAACAACUGAGCCAGAUUUAGACACUGAGCUAGAUGUUGGACAAGGGCGAAUUAUGUCUCGAUCUGUUGAUCAAGAUACUAUAAGUACAUUAUCAUCACUCAGCAGCUUGUCAUCUGGGUCAGGCAGUACAGGGGAGAGAGAAAUGCAGCAUUCGAUGCAUGCUGGCCAAGUACCCAGCUCAGCACCAAGUUCAUUACAGAUGAGAGCCACCCUCCCAAGGCCUCCCUCAAGUGCAUCAAGCUCUAGAGGAAGCUCAGCACCCCCAGUGAGCCAGGCCAUCAGAGCAACAGUCACUGGGACACUUGGUCGAAGUCGGCCCACAACAAGAGAACAGCAUUGGGAGGUAGAAGGGGAACCUAUGGCUGUGAGGGAAAAGAGUGCACCACCCACCUCUCGCUCUUCUACGCUGGAAAGAGAUAGCUAUAAGAAGAGCACUAAUGUUGAUACAGGAGAAACAGAGUAUGAGAGGAGUAUUGAAGAGUCCUUGCAGUUGAUCCGUAUGCAUAUGGACUCUCUCAAUGAAGUAAAUACACUGGCAGGAGUUCCUACUCGAGAUCAAGCUGGUGGUGGGGAGAUGGUCCUGGCACCUCCUCCAGAGUUUUGCGAUAUGUCCAUGGCUGGAGCACAAGGCAGGAAAAAUAACAAGACUGUCAUCCAUAUUGGAGAAGAAGAAUUUGAUCAGCCUGGAAGAAGGGGGCCAAAUGUCCAUGAAGAGGAGGAGGAACUGCUUCCGAGAUUCAGACACAAGACCCUGACUGAGUGGACGACGCGUGAUACAACCGAGUGGCUUGAAAGUAUAUUUAUGCCCGAGUACAAAGACUCCUUUGAGGAACAGGAUAUUGAUGGGAAGAAACUCAUGGAUAUAAACAAUGAAUCGCUUAUAAAUUUAGGCGUGAGAAGGGUUGGGCAUCGAGUUAACAUGGAAAAAUCCCUAAAAAGGUAUAAGCCCACUGAAAGAAUUGAUCUUUGAGUCAUACGCCUUCUUAUAUAAUAUCUAUUUUGGUAGAAAAUGUAUUGAGCCAGUAGAUUGAAUACUAAAAGUAUAAGGGUCCUACUAAAGAUUUGUAAAAAUUAUGAUGGGUAUGAGAAUGAAGCAUUGUCUAGUAGCUUUUUUCUCUUUACUAUUGUAUUACGGUUUGUGUACAUUGAAAUGCUGCUUCAAUUUAGGAGAAAGAAAUGUUCCCUAUCAGAAGCUGGAGUGUUUCAGAGGGAGUGAGAUUCUACAGGAAAUUUUCAUCUCAGAUGGAAAGCGACUCUGCAAAAAUGUGUAUUCAGGCUGCCAUUUUUCAUAAAUCUCUCGCUCAUUAUUCCAAGUUCUUGCAAGUGUUUAAAAGACACUUUAACUUGUAGUCUUUUCACUUAUGACGUCCAUCCUGUAAACAAAUAUUGUGGUAGUAGACCUUAUAAUCAUAUUGGCUUCUUUGUCUUGCUGGAGUGUUGUUGAUGGAGAAUUUAAAACCAUUGAAGACGCUUCAUAUGAUUAUUUCCUUUGUUUUUUGUUCUUCUGUUAAAUGUUUAAUAUGUUUUUUUUUUAAUGAAAUCAGAAAUAUUAUAGUUUAAAUACAUAUUGCAGGAUAAUGAAUUAAGACUUCAUAUAUACUAAUGACAGAUUGCAAAACAUGAGGUUUUGAAAGUUACUUUGUCCAUUAGUACUUUAUAUUAGAACUGAAACUUAAAUCUCUGUGAGAUAUUGACACUAAGUUGAUGCUGAUCUUCUUGAAUGUUGCUUUAAUUCAUAUAUUCAUUAACCACAUACUUAGCUCAUAAAGGAGGUUUUCCCCACAACAAUAUAUCCCACACCAGUCCUAAUAAUAAAUUGUGUGAGGGAUAGCUGGGGCACUUUUGGAAUUAGGUUCUUGUACUCAUUCAUUAGGCCACACAAUAUUCCUGCAUGCUAGAUAGUCACCAAUAUUCAUUCUGUGUUGUCAUUGCAGACUUUUUAUACCUGUAGCAUUUUAUAUAUAGCAAAACUAUUAUGUACCAGGCUAUUAUAUAUAACUUCUGCUGGAGAAAGAAAAACUAAGAGAAAUUCAUAGUAUUUCUUUUUGAGUGUAAACUUGGUGAGUAUGAAUGUAUUUGUACAAAGAAAGCUGUUAAUAGUGUAAAUAUGGCAAUCGUAUUAUUUAGUUUCAUUUGACACUAUAAUGCAUAAAUGUAUAUAUGGUUCUCUUUCUGCUAGUUUAUAAUGUCCGUUCUGUUUCUGCCAACCAUUGUGUGUGUGCCAAAUGCUUCAAUGCCUGAAGUCAAUUGUGAGAUGAAUUUAGAAAAGUCUUGUGUGUGUGCAGAAAUUAAUCUUUUGCCAGCUAGUUGAAAAUAGUGAUUCCUGUGAAUGGAAUGCAAGUGACCAGCAAGACACUUAAAUUUUUCAGUUCUUGUAGACCAAGUUUGUUGGCAAUGAAGUGGCCCAUAAGAAUAGUUUUCAAAAAUUUUGGCUAUAUAUUAAUACAGUUGUGAAAUUAUCAAUGUAGAUGUGAUGAAAAUGCAUGAAAUAUAUUGAAUAAAUAAAUAAAAAUCUGGCCAGCUUCCCCAGAUGAAUGAUAUAGGGCCGUUUACUCACAUAUUUUGUAAUGUUUUGUGUAUUUCUAGAAUCUUAAUAAGUUCAACAUUGUUUUGGACAGGAACAUGGUUUACAUGUGAAUCCAAUAAUUGAGAUUAUAUGUCUAGAAAAUCUUGAUGGAAGCUUACAGUAAGACCCAGAUGAUGGAUAGUAUCAAGCCAAGUUGAAGGUUUGGUACCGUAAGUAACUGCGCGGUAUUAGCCAGCUACAGUCUCCAUUGAGCAAAUGACUUUGAAAGUAAAUUUUGGCAUUUAGGACUAUCAGCAUUUUUCAUAAAGCCUCCAUGCUCUGUGUUAUUUUAUGAAAUUCAUGCUCCAUAUAUACAUAACAUAUAUAUAUGUAUAUAAUCCUCAUAUAUAUAUAGUGGUGCUUUUGGUCCUCAAUGUGUCAGAGCUGGAUCAUAUUUUGCUAUCAUUUGUUUAAGGAGUUGAUUGGUGCUUUCAGAAUUUUGGGAAAGAUGAAAGAGAAAAUACAAAAAUGUCUUGAAAUAUCCAUGUCGAGAUUUUGUUCAGGAAUCACACACAAAUUUGACCAACGAAUUUUCAUGGAGAAGAUAAGGCUCACAGAUUCAAGUUCCAAGGAAAAGACAAAAAAAAAAAAAAAAAAAACUAGAAAAUGCUUGAAAUGGGAUAAAUCCGAUUAUUUCUUGAGAGAUCCAAUAUUACUGUCCUAACAUCACCAUCUAGUCUUAUCCGUUGUAGGAAGUUCACAGUUUCUAUGCGGAUUUUUCCUAAACACAAAAUUGUUUACAAAUUUUAAUUAUUUAUCCAGAGAUAUGUAUGUGCAUCUGUGCUCAAUAAAGUUUAAUACUUUUAAA